AUGGGUUUUGGUGGUGGUAGUGGUGGUGGUUUUGUUGGUGGUUUUAGUAGUGGUAGUGGUGGUGGUUAUGGUGGUGGUUUUGGUGUGGAUGGUGGCGCUGGUGGAGGUUUUAUCUCAAGUAGCAGCAUCAGUGGUGUCCCGUUUAUGUUAAAUGAAAAGCAGCAGAUGCAGAGUCUGAACGACAGACUGGCCACCUAUCUCGAUAAGGUGCGCACACUUGAAGCAACCAACAAGGACCUGGAGAACAAGCUCAAGGAUUUCCGCACAAGCAAAGUGGUGAGCAGGGAUUUCACCUUGUACCAGGAGCAGCUGAAGCCCCUCCGUGACCAGAUAAUUGCUGCCAUCAUUGAGAAUUCUCGCCUGGCCCUGAAGAUUGGUAAUGCUCAGCUGGCUGCUGAUGACUUCAGAAAAAAAUAUGAGACCGAGUACAUCAUUCGCCAGACAGUGGAGGCUGACAUCCUCAAUCUGAAGAGUCUGAAGGAAGAAUACGAUUCCCACCAAACCAGCAACAAUCAGGAAGUUGAAGCCCUGAAAAAAGAGAUUGAAGAAAUGACGAAACAGCAUGGACAGAGUGUGAGUAUCCUGAAACAGGAGAUGUCCGGCACCGUGAGUGUGGACGUCACCACCACUGAAAGCCCAGAUCUGAAACAGAUUUUGGAUGACUUACGUGCAGAGUAUGAAGACAUCGUUCGUAGAAACAAGGAGGAUCUUGAGAUGUGGUUCAACAAGCAGGUGGAAACUAAGCAAGCAGCAGCCAUCCAGGAAACAGAUGUCAGUGAAAUCUCAAAGAUAGAAGUGACGGAGCUUUGCCAUCAGAACCAGAGCCUACAGACAGAGAUGGACACCUUGCUGGUCUCUAAAGGCACCUUGGAGGAUAACCUGGCAGCAGUGAAUGGCCGCUAUCAGAUGGAACUUCACCGUUACGCUGCCUUGGUGGGCACCAUGGAGGGGGAGUUGAUGAGCAUCCGGAACAGCAUAACCUCCCAGUCUGAGGACUACAGGAACCUUCUGAACAUCAAAGAGAAACUGGAGAAGGAGAUCGCCAUGUACAAGCUGCUGCUGGAAGGAGUGGAGCUGGGCGCUGGGGGAGCCUCGUCUGCCAUGUGA